ACACAGAGCGGCGGCAGUGCUAACACAGCUCCGGCAGCGCGAGAGAAGAGAGCCACCCCUCUACCUGGAGAGGAAGCCAGGGACCGGGGGCAGUCAUGGCAGCGAACAUGUACCGGGUUGGAGAUUAUGUUUAUUUUGAGAACUCGUCCAGUAACCCACUGCUGAUCAGGAGGAUAGAGGAGCUGAACAAGACAGCCAAUGGGAAUGUGGAGGCCAAAGUGGUGUGUUUUUACCGGCGCAGGGACAUCUCCAGCACACUCAUCGCUCUGGCAGACAAACAUGCAAGGGAGCUGGAGGAGGAGAUGGAGAAUCCAGAGAUGCGGGAUCUCCCGGAGAAACAGAAACACCAGCUCAGACACAGAGAGCUCUUCCUUUCUCGCCAGCUGGAGUCUUUACCAGCCACACACAUCAGGGGAAAGUGCUGUGUGACGCUGCUGAACGAGACAGAAGCCCUGAAGUCCUACCUGGACAGAGAGGAUGCCUUCUUCUACUCGCUGGUAUACGACCCUCAGCAGAAGACCUUGCUGGCUGAUAAGGGGGAGAUCCGUGUUGGGAACAAGUACCAGGCCGACAUCACCGACCUCCUGAAGGAAGUUUGUAAGGGAACUAUAUCAAUAGUUUCUCAUGUGUCCCACAGGUCAGUAGGUACCUUUGCCAGAGCUUUGGAUUGCAGUAGCUCUGUCCGACAGCCCAGCCUACAUAUGAGUGCUGCUGCAGCCUCCAGGGACAUCACCUUGUUUCAUGCCAUGGACACCCUCCAUGCUACAGGCUACGACAUGACUCGAGCCAUCGCAGCACUGGUUCCUCAGGGUGGACCCGUCCUCUGCAGGGAUGAAAUGGAGGAGUGGAGCGCCUCGGAGGCCAACCUCUUUGAGGAGGCCCUCGAGAAAUACGGCAAAGACUUUACCGACAUCCAGCAGGAUUUUACAGUGGGCACAGCGGGUACAGCGGUCCCAGGACCUCCAGGCUCGGUGCCGACCCCAGGCUUGGGUAGAGCCUGUGAAAGCUGCUACACCAGCAGCUCCUACCAGUGGUACUCGUGGGGACCUCCCAACAUGCAAUGUCGCCUGUGCGCUUCAUGCUGGACCUACUGGAAGAAAUACGGAGGGCUGAAGAUGCCCACGAGGUUGGAUGGCGAGAGGCCCGGACCCAACCGUAACAACAUGAGCCCCCAUGGCCUGCCCCUUCGCCACAGCGGCAGCCCCAAGUUUGCUGUAAAGACCCGGCAGGCUUUUUACCUGCAGACCACCAGCCUAACACGGAUGGCACGUCGCACCUGCCAGGACAUCAUCAGACCUCGAUAUAUGGCCAGGCACCCCUACCUCCCAGUCAACACAGCAGCCAUCAAAGCAGAAUGUGCUCUGCGAUUACCAGACAGGCCAAAAAAGCCUUUGCCACUGAAACCUGUGGAACGUAAACCUCUGGAGUCUGUUGUUCGGUAUUUAGAAGCACAUCCCCGUCCAUCCAAGCCCAAUCCACCGACUCGCGGAGGGUCAAUCUCUACAGGCAGUCUGACACCUAUAAAGUCCUCUCCCAUCCUCAACAACGGCUCUCCCACCAUCCUGGGCAAGCGUACCUAUGAGCAGCACAAUGGACUGGAUGGUGCCAAAUCCAAAGUAUUGGCUCCACAGUGGGACAUUAUGGCCAAACGAGUGAGUGAAGCAGUGCGGCCCUCAUCGUCCCUCCAGGACGAGGUACAUGAACUGGACUGAGCGCUCUGCGGGACAACCUUCACUGCGAACCUCAGUGAGCAGCGGGGGAUAUGAAUUGGAUGAGGCUUUUCCCACUAUAACCAUAGCCGAGGGCAGCUGAAAGGAGACGACAGCAUUGGCUACUUUUCUUCAAUCAGUAUGAGUCUAUCAGACUUCUGAAGACUAAUCGAUCAGUUUGGCUGUGGUCAAUCAGAAAAUGAGCCUGACUGUACAGGACUGUGUUUAUUACUUACAUUUCUCGUUAUUACUGUCUUUGUAAUUAUUGUUAUUGUUAUUUUAAUGUUUUUCUUUUUUCUUUUUUUUACCAGUUAUAACUCAGCUUAUUUGUUUGUCGAUCAAACGUUGAAACUUGAAGUUUCAAGAAAAAUGCUUGCAAAAAACCCUGUGGAAAAGGGUGGAAGGAACGUAACAAAAGCCACUUGCAUCUUCUGUGUUUUUCUUUUUCUCAAGUUUAAAAAAAAAAAAAAAAAAAAGAGAGACGCACUUUGAUUUCAGUGACACGAGUUCAAAAUGUCUUUUGUUUUUCUGAAUUUGAAUGCUUUCUAGGAAAUUUUCUGUUGUGUGAGUCGGCCCUGCUCUUCGCCCAGAGAGGUUUAACUUAUUGAGAAAGACUUGGUGUUUUUUCUACCUUUUUCAUAAGUAAUGCAUCUAUGCUUCUAAAAUGUAAUUAAAAAAGGAAAAAAAGA